GAAUUGCUGCACUUUGGGCACUCCAUAGGUUUUACUGCAUUCAUUUCCAGUUUUACUAAAACUAUUUAUCCAUUUUAUUGAAUUGUGGCAGUCUUGGUUCUCCAUAGAUCUGUCUCUGCUACGCUUAAUUACGCGCAUAGAUCAUAUUCUAUUAAAUUUGUAACUGCGGACAGAUCCAAUCAGCGAUGUCUGCUUUUUCAUUCGCUCGAUCUGAUUGGUUAGAUCUAUAGGUGUGUCAAGGGGCGUUUCCUGGGGAGGAGAACCGCAGCUUUUGACAGCGGAGGGAGGAGGAAGAGGUGACGCGUCAAGGUCCUGACGGAUCCGGUCACAGGACCAAAACACCUCCCUCCCUCUCUCAUCUGGUCUCCGACAGACUUUCAACAUAAUCUGGAAAUGCUUCGAGUGGCAGCGGCUCAGGUAAUUUAUUAAUUUAAUUAUUAAACUGGUUGUGAUUUUAGACUAGUAAGCCUGAUUCUUGUAGAUUUUCAACUUUGCUGCUAAUUUACACCAAAACGUUUUGCCUUAGAGUUUCUGAUGUAGUUGUAAACCCUCCAACUUACUCUUUAUUACUCUUAAAAUAAUCAAAAUAUAUAAAAGACUGCAUUUAGGAUAAAUCAAGAUCAUAUAGGUUCUGUUCUUGUCAGUAUCCUUUGUGUCAUCUGGUAACAUGCUUUGUUGAGUGUAGCAGGCGUCACACACCACAGCUUCUGUUUCCACUUCUGUGGCUCUAAAGAUAGAUCACAGUGGGAUUGGUGUUCCUCAGGGGAGGUAAAACACAAUGGCUUUCUGAGGUGAUGGGGGAACGUUAGGGGCAUGGGCCGGAGUCAUCCAGAGAAAGGGAAGUAUAGUCACUCAGCAUGGUCGAAACUCAGCCAGUGAAUUGUUUCACUCAGCCAGUGAAACGUUGCAGAGAAACGUUGAAGAUGUUGACCUUUACUCACCGUUUUUAGAAAUAAAAUAGGAUUCAUCAAGUAGCAUGCAACAAAGCAACACUGUGUUGUUCCAAGACAAAACAGAUGAAACAAGAAAUCUAUAUUAAGCAGAUAUAAACUGAUCAAGUAAAUUGAUGUUCAAAGCCUUAUUAAAGAAUAGAGUCGACUUGUUUUACUUUAACUUUGUAGUUUUUGUGUCUUCCUAUUUACAUGCAGUGAAGUGUUUUCAUGAAGACAUAAGAAAUUGAGAAAAUCUCAUAAUUUUGCACCUUAAUCCGAUUUUUUUAAUGAUUACAACCACUGAUCAAACUAAAAUAAAAUGGUGAGUAAAUUGACAAGUUGUCGGCAACAAAGGUUGUCCCGCAUAUGUCUCCUUAAAAAAAUCUGAUAUUAAACAACCAAAGCUAUAAAAGUAUGAAAUAUUGUAUGUUUAGUGCAAAACAUCCUGUUCCACAUUGUAAACAGAAAUAUUGUGUACAAAAAUACAAAUAUUCCAGUGACCCUUAACUCCCCCCACUGUCCUCUGCAGGGCACUUUAAUAUUGGUUAGUACAGAAUAGUGUAGCAAUGCUGUUCGUCAUCUUUCAUCUAGGGCAAAUAUUGGUUAUUUAAGAUCCAAAAAUGGUGUUUUCCUCAAAUCCCUACCUCCUUUCAAGAAAUAAUAAGCUUUGAUAAUUGACUAACGGUAAGGAUGGCCAAACAUGCCACAAAUAAAACAAACUUUGUGAACUUGCUUCCAGACGUAGCCAUUGGGAAAUGUGUGCUGACAGUCUGAGGCCUCAGUCAGUCAGAGGGCAGAUUCUUCACAUCAAAGCCUCUUUACUGACCAACAGCUGUCUCACGGUUUCACCAUAUGCUCUGUGCUUCAUAUAUUCUAUGACGCUCUAUGUUCACAGACACACUUUCAUUCUAACGUCACCCAAAUGUAGCGAUCUGUCAGGACUUGUCUUCUGAAAUGCCGCAACACAGACUAGAUAAACAAGAACAAGCCUGUGUUGAUCAAUCACGUUGUCAGCGUCUCGACACGAGAGUCCAAAGAGGCAACGUGUUCCAGCAUUAGUUUGUGAAAUGUUUGUUCAGAUAUGUGAGCUACAAUUUUUCUGUAGAUUUCAGUCCAAAUUAUAUUGCUCUGUGAAUACAGUAAGAUGGACCAGUAAUACAGGAAGUUAGCAUGUUAUUCAAACAAGAGAAAGACCAGAUCAUUUGAGAUCCUGAACAAGAUUAGGCAGGUAAAGAACAUAAAUGAAUGACUACAUAAUGAGGUGUUGACUCACGUCAGCAAACCAUAACAUUUUAUUAACUGAAAGCAUUGUUAUUUAACCCCGCAUUGCCAGAAAAACCAGUACUGUCUUAUACAACAAAAAUUCAGUUGAGAAUUUUCUCUAAUCUUCACAAGAUCAAAAUAUCCAUUCUGUUUAUACUGCUGUAUGUAUAUACGUCCCAUGAACAUGGGUUCACCUGGGUUCUUACAUCCAUGUUAGUCUUACUAGACCUCUACUACCAGCAUUUGCUUCAGUUGGGAGGUUAAUCCUCCUAAAGUUGUCCAACCGGUGGUUUAAAAUGCAGCCAUUUUUGAUUAAGGAUCUUGUUUAACCUUGCCUUCCCUGCCGUUCUGUUACAGUCUGGAGAGUGAUGGGUAAUCCCUAUAAGUUUGGAUCCCCGAUCUUCAACAUGGCCGCCGAACUCUACAGCCCCCCAUCGCCUCUUGGGGAAUCCCUCCUGGACAGUCCGCUGUGUGGAGACCUGAUAGAGAAUCUUCCUGACUUUUCCCAGUCAAUAGAAGACAACUCACUGGGAUUUGAUUUUCCAGAGUAUCAAGCCAUUGGUUCUGGGCCCAGCAGCUCCAUCCCAUUGGAUACUCUGACUCCGGCCUCCAGUCCUUUGCCUGGGGAGUGCGGCGCAUCGCUUUGUCCAGACGAGGACAGCAGCCCCCUUAAUCUCGAGUGCAGGGUGUGCACAGACAAAGCUUCAGGCUUUCACUAUGGAGUGCAUGCAUGUGAGGGCUGCAAGGGUUUCUUUCGGAGGACCAUCAGACUGAAGCUGGAAUAUGAUAAGUGUGAACGCAGCUGUAAGAUCCUGAAGAAGAAUCGAAACAAAUGCCAGUACUGCAGGUUCCAAAAGUGUGUGUCUGUGGGGAUGUCCCACAACGCCAUCCGGUUUGGUCGCAUGCCCCAAGCAGAAAAGCUGAAGCUCAAGGAGGAAAGCAAGGUUGUUGAAACAGAAGAAGAAGAUCCGGUCAAGGCCGACCACAAGAUCCUGGUCAGACAGAUCCACGAAGCCUACAUCAAGAACUUCAACAUGAACAAGGCAAAAGCCCGGCUCAUACUGACCGGAAAAACCAGUCAGCCGCCUUUUAUCAUCCAUGACAUGGAGACGUUUCAGCUUGCCGAGAAGACGUUAGCGGCCCACAUGGUAAGGACUGAGUCUGCGGAGCCCGACCUUCAUCUUCAAACUGGACAGAUAAUCCCAGCGCUGGUUUGUGAGGAGCUCCAGCAACGGGAGGCUGAGGCCAGGCUCUUCUACUGCUGCCAGAGUACCUCAGUGGAGACGGUCACAGAGCUAACAGAGUUCGCUAAAGCUGUGCCCGGCUUUCAGAGCUUGGAUUUGAAUGAUCAGGUGACUCUCUUGAAAUAUGCGGUUUAUGAAGCCCUUUUCACCCUUCUGGCCUCAUGUAUGAACAAAGAUGGCCUCCUCGUGGCACGUGGCGGAGGCUUCAUCACCCGAGAAUUCCUCAAAGGUCUCCGGCGGCCUUUCAGCGACAUGAUGGAGCCCAAAUUCCAGUUUGCCACUCGUUUCAACUCUCUAGGUCUGGAUGACAGUGACCUGGCCCUUUUUGUGGCAGCUAUCAUCUGCUGUGGAGACCGUCCGGGACUGGUGGAUGUACCGCUGGUGGAGCAGCUGCAGGAAAGCAUCAUCCAGGCCCUGCGGCUCCACCUGCUGGCCAAUCAUCCAGAUGACGCUUUCCUCUUCCCCAGGCUGCUGCAGAAGCUGGCUGAUCUCCGGGAACUGGUAACAGAGCACGCACAGCUGGUUCAGGAUAUCAAGACAACAGAGGACACUUCACUGCAUCCGCUCCUGCAGGAAAUCUACAGAGACAUGUAUUGACAGAAUGAGUUAGAGUUCAUAUUAUUGUUCAUAAAUUGAAAGUGCAGUUGAAUUAUGCGCACAUUCUUCAAGCAAUACAUGCACUGAUUAAAGCUUAACAGUAUGAAACACAGAUGUCCAUAGGUGGGGAUAGAAUAGUCCUAUUUAUUGUGCAUAUUUAUUCAAAUCUGCCUAAUCUAGCCUUUUUUUCUAUGCUAGAGAAAUACCUGAAUCUGUGCUGUAAACAUGUGCUGCUUCAGCAGAUUUACGACACAUGACAAUGUCUAAUGUUACGCAUUUAUAUGAAUCUUUCAAAGUGCUGCGUGAAAACUCAGACCUCAGCUUAGGUUGCCUGUAAAAGCAUGUCUUUGUGCGAGUCCUGUGAAUUCAAGUCACUGGCCAGUAUUAAAUAUUUGCACUAAAAACAUAUUCAUCUGUUAAACUGGUCCAUGCAGUAUUUUGUAAAUAUAUCAGGAAUCCAAUGACGACAGAGGAGGACAGUAAGGCGCUGCCAAAUAACGAAGAUCGAUGCCUUAUUUUUUCAUCUGUGACUUUGAAUUAAUCUUGUAUGCAGUAAUUAAGUUUUAUAUUCUAUUUUUUAAAAUCAUGUACAGUACAUGGAAGUGUUUCUGUAAAGUAAUUAUUCUGUAGAAGUAUAGUAUAAAUUAAUAUAUAUAGAAUGUUGUUUCUUUUUUGCAGUGCUGUGACUUACAUUCAGAUACAUGCCUAUGAAGAUGUAAAUUUAUUUAUAUUUUAAACCACAGUCCCAAUUGUCGCAAUGAUACAGAUUUUUUUUUCCAUUCUCGUUUGUCUGCAAAUGAAAUAAUAUUCAAAAACUAGGAUUUUUCAGACUUUCUUUUCCUUCGCCAUUACACCAAUCAUACUAUCAAGGGGAUCUCUAAUGUAAAUAAACCAUUCUAUUCAGUAAUACCCAAACACAUUUUCAGACUUUUACUUGGUUUAAAUCAUGUCUCACAUAUGAUAGUUUUUCCAUUCAUGUUAGGGAUUAUUCCUGCUCUGUAGUUGCUCACCAUUUUGGGGCUCCCAGGGGUCCAUUUUGAAUCCACUUGCUGUUUAUCUUGUACAUGUUGCCCUGUGGGCUAAUUUUUAGGGAACACAAUGUUACUUUUUACUACAACGCGGUUAGUUUUCUACUCUGUAUGAAUUUUAUUAUUUUGUUUGACUUAACUGUGAAGUGCUUCCAUCAGUUUUUGCUGUUCUUAAAAGUGCUAAUGAAAUAAAUUAUACCAUGACAUAACACAAAA